AUGUCCGCCUGCGAAAAAUCUCCCGCGUUACUUUCCGAGAACAUCGCAAAUGAUCCCGAUUUGCGAUCAGUCCAAUGGACCCUUCAGUUGAAAAAAUACUUCGGCUUCGAUCUGGACGAUACUCUCCAUGGAUUCAGGAAAGCAUCUGCCGUAGCCUCAUUAGCCGUGUUUGAGGCAGUCCAACAACAAUCCGAUAUAAGCAUCGAAACACUCAAAGCCACAUAUACCGAGAUCCUACGAUCCAAAACAGCGUCCGCAUUCACUGAGGGCAAAACGUCCACCGAAUAUCGACGAGAUCGAUUUGAGCGUCUUCUCCAAGCCCAUGGCUUGGAAAUCUCCGAUACAAUACUCGAGCAUCUAUUGGACAUCUACAAGAAUAGCUUACAGGCUGCACUGGAGCUCAAACCCGGCGCCCUAUCGCUCCUUCAAACCCUCAAACGCCUCGACAAAAAGAUUAUUGUCAUCACAGAAGGUCCACAAGACGCCCAAGAAUGGACUGUACAGGAGCUCGGGAUCGCGCCGUAUAUCGAUAUCCUGGUUACGACCAAUGAGGUUGGAAAAUCAAAGGUUGACGGACUGUUUUCCAUCGUUCUGGAGAAGUACGAUAUUAAUGCUGGGGAUAUUGUUUAUGUUGGGGAUAAUGAAGCGAGGGAUGUGGUGCCGGCGAGGAGUGAAGGGUUGUUGUCGGUGUUAUAUGAUGAGCGUGGGGAGACAAGGUUGGAUAAGAUUGAUGGGCUUCGUGUAGAAUCCUUGAGGAAGUUAGAGGAUAUCUUGUGUACUUGA